GCAACUGCGUGAGCAGCUGCCAUCUUUGCCUUCGCGGGUCCCACGUGCGAAGAGAAGCAUUCAUGAGGUUUUUGAGGAGACUGUUACAACGACUCCUGCUGUUGCAUUGUCGCAGUUGCAAAGAGCAAUACGGGUGAGUCGUGCCAGCGGAAACCGGGAGGAAGCUGAAUCUUUGCUACGUGAGAAAUGGGCAAUGGAACUAGUGGUUUUCAUCAAGGAGGCAGGGCUUCCCUGCGCUGCAAGAAUGGAGGCUCUCGGGGAUGGCAAGGCACAGUGGCUGCGCAUCUUCGGCAACCGCAGAGGCAAGACUCUGCGGAACAGGGCGCGUGCCUGGAAGCCCGUUCGCACAUGGCUCAUGGUUUCGUUUGGGGUGGCUUGGCCGCGCGGCCCAGAGAUGCUGCUGAAGUACCUGGAGGAGCGACACAGUGUCGCGAAGAUGGGAAAGACUGUCCCGGCUGCGAUCAUGUCGAGUUUAUCUCUCCUUGAAAGUGUUGGAAUGGUCGCAAGCGAAGACCGCUUGAGUGAGGAUUCUAUGCUGGUGGAAAGCAUACGUUCUUGGACAAUGGAGCUGGAGACAGAAGGGCCUUCAGUGAAGCCGGCACCACUACUUCCUGUCUCGGUGCUCAUCGCUUGUGAAUUGGUUGUGUGCAGACCACUGUAUGAGCUCGGGCUGCGAUUCAUGGCAUUUGUGCUUUUGAUCAUGGUCUGGGCGAGCCUUCGGUGCGAUGACACACAGAAUAUCGAUCCUGCAAGUGUGAAGCUCAGCCAGAUGGGAUUGCGCUUCAUUCUCCGUAAAACCAAGACCAGCGGCCCAGGCAGGAAAGUGGGAGAGAUGCAUGCAUUUGUUUCGCGAGUGGCUUGCUUGAGUGGUUUCGAUUGGAUUGGAGAAGGGUCCAAGCUUCUCGCUGCAAGUUCACUUGACUGGGCACGCGAUUUCCUGUGUCCAGCUUUCAGCAAAGAUUGGGAUGAUGUCUCCCGCGAGUUCCUUGAUGCCGAGGGCUUAGCUCUCCAGAUCAGGCGAUUGCUGCAACAUUUGCCAACACCUGUGCGGCAACAGGGAGUUUGGAAGGUUUCGCGGGAGUUGUUGCUCCCCGGGCAACUAGGGAAUUUCUGGACUGGGCAUAGUGCCAGGCAUGUCUUGACAAGUAUCGCCGCGGCCCUCGGAGUGGGGAAGGACCGGCGGGACUAUCUCGGCAGGUGGGCGUAUGCACAGCACGGUUCGCAAGAUUAUGUGCUCACUUCCAGGCAGGUAGUGCAAGCAGUGCAGAACUUUGUUUGCAAGUGUCUCAUUUUGGGGCAUGAGUCCGGAGGUUACAUCGAAGAAGAGCUUUUCUGGGCAAUCAAGACUUUUGCUGACAGUCUGUCUCUUGAUGGGGACCAUGUCGUGAAUGCAAAUCGCGUCUUGCAAUGGGAUGAUGCGGAUAAGACUUGGAAGCUCGGAGGUGCAUUUCCUAGCAUCGCUGCCACUCCCGAGAAGCGAGAGAACUGCCUCGAGACUGUUCCGAUUCAUCGGAUUACCGACGGCAUCGCAGAUGCGGUGUGCAAGCUGUGUAGGCCGAGGAUUGAGAAUGCGGAUGCCUCCUCAACUAGUGGCUCUGAGGUGAGUUCAGAUUUGGUGCACAUUUUCCAAGAAUGUGGCGUGCCUUUGGGGCUGCAGUACAAGCUCACGCAGAAUUUCCAGUCAGUGAAGCGGUUUUCCACUUAUGCUGAUUCUCGGGCGGAUGUGAGAGCUGCUCUUCGUGAUGAUCAUUCGCUUGAGGCGACGAGCCAGGUUACUAGGGCGGCAGUGGCGUCCGUGGUGUCGGCUUGGGAGACAUCGAAGGAGUACGCCCACAAGGAAUCAGAGCUGCGAGCUGAGGCGCGGAUGCUGGGGGUGCAUCGGCCGGUUACACAGACUGAGAAACAAGCUAUGCGUAUUGCUUAUGAAGCAGCACAUGGGACGCUUGAGGAGGCCUUUGAGCCGUCAGACGAUUACAUUUCUGCUAAGCUUGAGGAAAUUGAGAAUGGGGAGAUCACUGCUAGCGCACUGUCCGAAGUGACUUCAAAGAGGCGGGUGCGCACCAUGGGGAUCCAGACGACCGUCGAUACAGGUGGUCAUGUGAGGAUUGUGAAGCAGCGCAACAAGGGUGUUAUGCCAACGCACACUGAGGAGCUGCGGACUGUCUUACGCGUGGAGGGAAAUGCUUGGACGAUGUUGGCUGCAAAGUUUAAGAAUAAG